AUGGAACCUGAAAACCAUGUAUUUGCUGGAUGGUCCAGGGAAGAGAGAUUUUGUUUACUAAAAGUAGUUGAUAUUGACAUCGAAAAAAUCCAACAACAAAUACCUGCUAAAAGUCCAAAUCAAAUUAAAGAAGCCAUUGUCUAUGUAAUCAACUCGCUGUACGCAUCUGAUGGUGAUCCGCCACAUUGCUCUCGUAUGAAGCUGUCAGAGUGGCGACAAUUUUUAACUAGUUCUUCAGCUGAUCCAGCCGAGCGUCGGGCAGAAGGAGCAGUAACAGCUAGAAUGAUUGCUCAGCUAGAACAUAUACCGACACCUGAACGCACCUGGAACAUUGACUUCAAGGAAGUAUUUCUGCAGAUGGCUAAUGCUAUGGAAGGUAGACAUGUAGUAGCUGAUGCGGCAGUCACUGAAGUUCUUUAUCUGAUGGCCACUGACACCGUACGACGUUGUAACGGAAUCGUGCCUCCUGGACUUAAAGACUUCAUAUAUAAAAUCAGUGCGGGUAACAAUCCUGAGCCGCCGCAGGCGCCGUCCCUGCUAGAUCCACGGGCCACCUGUAUGUGUUCACAAAGCGGCUAUGACCCGGUUUACGUCGCGGCUGGGAUGGAAAACCCUGUUAGACCAGACAGACAUUCUGGGAGAUCUUCCAGGCGACAUCAUCAUCAGUAA